AUGAAAUACCAUUCCGGCUCCGGCUCCUGCGCCUGCUCCGACUCCGUCUCCGGCUCCGACUCUUGUCCCAGCUCCGUCUCCGGCUUCCGCCCCAGCUCCGGCUCCGGCUCCGGCUCCGGCUCUGGCUCUGGCUCCGGCACCUGCGCCUGCUCCGACUCUUGUCCCAGCUCCGGCCCCGGAUCUGUCUCCGGCUCCGGCUCUGGCUCUAGUUCUGGCUUCCGUCCCUGCUCCGGCCCCGGCUCUUGCUCCGGCUCCGGCAACGGCUUCGGCUCUGGCUCCGGCUCGGGCUCUGACUCCGUGAACAACUGGCGAAAAUGGGAGAAGCUGAACAUCAAGCUAGCAAAAGAGAAGAACCAUCUGACAUUCAUGUGCAGAUGCCGGGAUAACGACAUCAUCCCUAAUGGACUGAGACUAAAGACACCUGUGUACACCAAACAAGCGAGACGAAUCGGAGAGAAAGCCAGCCGAGCUCUCAUAAGAGAAAGGAUCGCCUUCCAUCGACACAGCAAAGCGAAACUCGAACAAUCAAUAUCUGCCAUCGAAGAAACCAUCCGAUCAAAAGUAACAUGCUCCGACGACUUCAACCGCAUCAAAUCAUCAGUCAUCAGGUCACAUACCAUCGUGGACCAUGCCACAAAGAAGCAGCAUAUGACAAAACUCGAAAAACUGAAGAAGAUCGCACCUACCAGGACUCCGUUACAGCCCAUCAGAGCUGUAGUGAACCUCAGCAAGCGACAACUGUCGGCAUCUGAAGAGACCAUACUCAACAAGGGACUCAACUUCGCAACAUCCACCAAGCGGAUAAACAACAUGGACAUCGUGGCCCCAAUCGAGGAAGCAACAUCCCACAUUAACAGAGAACAUGCAGAAGAACUACGCUGGAAAGUCAGGCAUGCAUUGGAAAGGGCCAAACCGCCAAAGGCCAAUACCACCAAAGAGGAACUGGCAGCAAUCAACAACCUCAAACAAGACGGCAGCAUCAUCAUACUUCCAGCAGACAAAGGAAACACCACCGUUGUCAUGGACAAGAAGGAAUACGACCACAAGAUGAACAGCAUUGUGACAGAUGGAUCGUACACCAAACUGAAGAAAGACCCAACCCCGGCCUGCGAACGCAAACUAACAAAGCUCCUUAAGAAGAACAAGGACAAGGAACAACUCACGGACGCCCAGUACAGAAAGCUGAGCCAACAUCACAGCAAACUUCCACACAUGUACGGGCUGCCAAAGGUACACAAGACCAAUGUACCGCUAAGACCAAUAGUAAGCUGCCGUGGCUCAGCCUGCCAUCCUCUGAGCCAGUUCCUCGUCAAGAUCAUCAACCCACUGAGUGGCAAAACACCUACAUAUGUCAAGAACUCAGCCCACUUCGUCUCACUGGUUCAGGCCAUGCGACCUUCGCCGAACAUGCAAAUGGUAAGCUUCGAUGUGGUGAGUCUGUUCACCAAUGUGCCCACUACCGAAGCUCUGAGCAUAGUGAGGACAAGACUGGAGAGCGACGAUACACUGCCCGAAAGAACGACAAUCCCGACUGAUGACAUCAUGGAACUCCUGACAUUCUGUGUCACCACCACCGCCUUCCAACUGGGCGAUGACUACUACCAACAAACUGAAGGAAUGGCCAUGGGUUCACCCCUGUCACCGGUGAUCGCCAACAUCUACAUGGAACACUUCGAGGAACUGGCCUUACAAACAGCACCACUGAAACCAUCCCUGUGGCUGCGAUAUGUCGACGACACAUUCGUCCUGUGGGACCAUCGCGAGGACAUAACACCGUUCCUAGACCACCUCAACAGCCUCCGACCCUCCAUCCAAUUCACAAUGGAAACAGAAGUCGACAACAAACUACCAUUCCUUGACGUCCAAGUGGAGAAAUCUGAGGAAGCAUUCAGAACAUCGGUCUACCGCAAACCAACAGCGACCGACCGCUACCUCAACUUCAAGUCACACCACCCAGACACAGUCAAGAAAGGUAACCCCGUCCCGACCACCCACGGUCCAUCGUGA